AUGAAACCUGAGUCCAAGCCGAGCUACGAGCAUUUGAAUGAAUACUUGAAGACAGAAAUUGAGGCCAUAGACAUCUUAUUGAACUCAGCUAGUCUCGAGGUCAUUCUCAGGAAAAUCUUCAGCUUGAUUGUAUCUCUCUGUCCGGUAAACUUAUUUGAAUCUGUCCUUUCUAAGGAAUGCAGAACUAGAUUCAAAUUGCAACGAAAACUCGAAAGAGAAAUCAUCAGCCAUCCUGAGCUCGACCUUGAGGUCGAGCCUAAAUAUUUAAUCAAAAGCCUCGCUCGUAUUGACCUUUAUGACAAAAAGGUGCUCGAAACUAAGCUUCAGCUAGUACUUUUAAUCAAAAGUUUCCUUGCGUUUUUGAACCUCUUUGAUAGUGAAUACAGGAAGGCUUUCUUCGAUUUUAGAUGGAUCCUUCAGUUUCUACACUGUGCAAGAAGAAUACCACACACUACGAAUUUGAAAGAUAUAUUGUCGUUGGAUUAUGAACGAUCUCUAUCGAUAUUAUGCGCUAAGUCCCUGAUUAAAGAGUUCAAUCACAAUGGAUCGAUCAAAACAAUUGAGGGAGGUGAUUUAAAAAUCGAUCGAUUAGAUAUCCUGGAAGGUAUACUGACAAAUAUUUUGGAUUGUACAGAGCCAUCCAUUUUGACGUGUAGAGAUGAGCUAGAUUAUUUUAUGAUGGAUGACUUUUUUACAGUAAUAGGAGACCUCGAAGAAAUUAUUUCGAUCUUAAAGGGUCCCAUCUGCGAAUUUGAGAUAACGUCUGGUUUGAAGGAAAUCGCGAUAAGGCCUCAACGGAGUCACAUUGACAGUAUGAUACGCAAGUAUAUUCUGGCCUCCACAUUUAAGCUAAAGGGGGAUGAAAGCGUUGUAUUAUGCAUGAAUAAGAUUCUCGUUGGGUUUUUAUUAUAUGGAGGUGUUCAUUUAAUUAUCAUCUUUUUCUUUUUUAAUAUAAGAAGAUAUUACCUUGCUGAUUGUUCCGAAUAUUCGGAUCUAAUUAGCGUGGAUCAUGUCCUUACGAGAAAUUGCGUCAAGCUUGUCGAAGAGAUCUUGAAUGACGGCACGCAUGAGGGUAAGUGGAAUCUAGCACAGAACAUACAAUUUCCACAAGUUCUGCUGAGCAUCACAGAUGACGAUCUGAUCAUGGUGGAUGAAGCAUAUGAGGAGUCAGUACAUGACCAUAAUCAUGAUUUGUCGCUCUUUUUAAGCGCUGUCAAGCUCAAAGCAAAGAGAAAACUGUAUGGGAGUCCAAAAGUUCAGGGUGAAUACUCCAGAAUACAGUGGAACUUGGGCCUAUCUUGGGUAAAGUUUUGGGAAAAUUGUUACGUUGAUAACAAAGGUCCUUUACCAAGUGAAUUGAGGAUUUUUGUGGACCAAUUCUGGAAGGCUGCAUCUUUAAAAGACGUCAAUCAAUCCAAAUCUGAUAAAAAUGUUGUUGACUAA